GAGUGCCCGACAGGCGGGACGGGCGGGACGCGCGCGGCGGGCGGAGCUGAGGACGCCGACGACCGUGGCGCGCGCUGGGCGCUGCCCACGUCCGCCUCCCUACAGGCUGCUCUGGGCCAAGCGCAGUCCCGAAGCACGGAGCCCCGAGCCCGCUCCGCCCGGGGGACCCCGUCCGGGGGCCGAGGAGGUUGUCAAUCCCGGCUUGUCUUCCAGACCCGGACCACCGAGGCUCCUGGACGACGACGAACCGCCCAACAUGGCAUCGGAGAGUGGGAAGCUGUGGGGUGGCCGGUUUGUGGGCGCAGUGGACCCCAUCAUGGAGAAGUUCAACUCAUCCAUUGCCUACGACCGGCACCUGUGGGAGGUGGAUGUGCAGGGCAGCAAGGCCUACAGCCGGGGCCUGGAGAAGGCGGGGCUCCUCACCAAGGCUGAGAUGGACCAGAUACUCCAUGGACUGGACAAGGUGGCUGAGGAGUGGGCUCAGGGCACCUUCAAACUAAACCCCAACGAUGAAGAUAUUCACACAGCCAACGAGCGGCGUCUGAAGGAGCUCAUCGGUGAGACUGCUGGGAAGCUGCACACAGGCCGAAGUCGGAAUGACCAGGUGGUCACAGAUCUCAGGCUGUGGAUGCGACAGAACUGCUCUAAACUUUCUGCCCUCCUCCGGGAGCUCAUCAGAACUAUGGUGGACCGGGCAGAGGCGGAACGUGAUGUCCUCUUCCCAGGGUAUACGCACCUGCAGAGGGCUCAGCCCAUCCGCUGGAGCCACUGGAUCCUGAGCCAUGCUGUGGCGCUGACCAGAGACUCUGAGAGGCUGUUGGAGGUCCAGAAGCGGGUCAACGUCCUGCCCCUGGGGAGUGGGGCCAUCGCAGGCAACCCUCUGGGUGUGGACCGGGAGCUGCUCCGAGAAGAACUGAACUUUGGGGCCAUCACCCUCAACAGCAUGGAUGCCACCAGUGAGCGAGACUUUGUGGCUGAGUUCCUGUUUUGGGCUUCGCUGUGCAUGACCCACCUCAGCAGGAUGGCUGAGGAUCUCAUCCUCUAUGGCACCAAGGAAUUCAGCUUUGUGCAGCUCUCAGAUGCCUACAGCACCGGAAGCAGCCUGAUGCCCCAGAAGAAAAACCCAGACAGCCUGGAGCUAAUCCGGAGCAAGGCGGGCCGAGUGUUUGGGCGGUGUGCUGGGCUCCUGAUGACACUCAAGGGACUUCCAAGCACCUACAACAAGGACUUACAGGAGGACAAGGAAGCCGUAUUUGAAGUGUCAGACACCAUGAGUGCCGUCCUCCAAGUGGCCACAGGUGUCAUCUCUACACUACAGAUCCACCGUGACAACAUGGCACGGGGUCUCAGUCCUGACAUGCUGGCCACUGACCUCGCCUACUACCUGGUCCGCAAAGGGAUGCCGUUCCGCCAGGCCCAUGAGGCCUCCGGGAAAGCUGUGUUCAUGGCCGAGACCAAGGGGGUCCCCCUCAACCAGCUGUCGCUGAAGGAGCUACAGACCAUCAGCCCCCUGUUCUCGGGGGACGUGAGCCACGUGUGGGACUACGGCCACAGCGUGGAGCAGUACGCCGCCCUGGGUGGCACGGCGAGCUCCAGUGUCGACUGGCAGAUCGGCCAGGUGCGGGCCCUGCUGCGGGCCCAGCAGGCCUAGAGCCCUCCCCACCCCGCGCCCAAAGAAAGCAGGCCCAAGAGGAGGCCGCUGCCUGUUUCCUGCCCAGCCUGACUCCCUCAGCGGUGGGCUUUCAGGGGCCUGUUGAGUGAGCAGUGGGGGCCAUCAAGGAAGCAGAGAAAACGGACAAGGGUGGCAGGAGUCAUGGAUGGGGAAGGAGAGGGGCUUGCCUUCAUUAGAGCCUCCGCCCUGCUCAGGCCCCACACCCUUCACUGUAGGAGGCACAGUAACCGGCCCAGAGCAUCCUGGGAGGACUGGCCUCCUUGGAGCCUUGAUGGCCCCUGAUGGGCUUGGUUAACUCAGUCAGUCCCUGUUCAUUAUCCUUCCUUCCAGCGUCCUCUAGGCUCGCCUGCUCACAUUCUCCCCUUGCUUAACCCACCCUUCCCUGAACAAUCAGGCACCGUGACACGGUGUCCUGGGCCCUCGUGCGGGGAAUGGCAUAUUUGGUGGUAAAGUCAGUCAUCCAGCUAGCGUGGGAUGCCAGGCAUCUAGGUGAACUUCAUACACAUGCAAAGAUGUCUCCUUCACCCUAGAGAGUAAUGUACUGCCAUGUGGUCCCAGCACGGACCAUGAGGUGAGGGCCACAGACAGGAGUGCCUGGGGGGACCUGCCCCCUGUUGCAGUCAAGGACUUACAUUUAGUCU